GGCGGGGGCGGCGGGAUGGGGCUGCUGCUCCUGAUCCUGGCGUCGGCCGUGCUGGGCUCGUUCCUCACGCUGCUCGCACAGUUCCUGCUGCUCUACCGCAGACAGCCCGAGCCGCGGGCGGACGAGGCGGCCCGCGCGGGCGACGGCUUCCGCUACCUCAAGCCGGUGCUGGGCCUGUCCCUCCGGGAGUACCUCUAUGGCGGCGGCGGCGGCGGCGAGGAGCCCGCGGCCGCGUCCUCCGAGGCGGCCCCGACCCCCGACAGCCCGGCCCCGCCGACGCGGGAGACCUGCUACUUCCUCAACGCCACCAUCCUGUUCCUGUUCCGGGAGCUGCGGGACACGGCGCUCGCCCGCCGCUGGGUCACCAAGAAGAUCAAGGUGGAGUUCGAGGAGCUGCUGCAGACCAAGACGGCCGGCCGCCUGCUGGAGGGGCUGAGCCUGCGCGACGUGUUCCUGGGCGACACGGUCCCCUUCAUCAAGACCAUCCGACUGGUGCGGCCCGUGGCGGCCCCGGGCACCGGCGAGCCCGACGGCGCCGACGGGGACGCGCCGCCCGCCACCUGCCCCGAGGAGCUGGCCUUCGAGGCGGAGGUGGAGUACAACGGCGGCUUCCACCUGGCCAUCGACGUGGACCUGGUGUUCGGCAAGUCUGCCUACCUGUUCGUCAAGCUGUCGCGCGUGGUGGGGAGGCUCCGCUUCGUCCUCACGCGCGUGCCCUUCACCCACUGGUUCUUCUCCUUCGUGGAGGACCCGCUGAUCGACUUCGAGGUGCGCUCCCAGUUCGAGGGGCGGCCCUUGCCCCAGCUCACCUCCAUCAUCGUCAACCAGCUCAAGAAGAUCAUCAAGCGCAAGCACACCCUGCCCAGUUACAAGAUCAGGUUUAAGCCGUUUUUUCCAUACCAAGCCUUGCAAGGAUUUGAAGAAGAUGAAGAACUUAUCCAUAUCCAACAGUGGGCACUUACUGAAGGCCGGCUUAAAGUUACAUUGUUAGAAUGUAGCAGGUUACUCAUUUUUGGAUCCUAUGACAGAGAAGCAAAUGUUCAUUGCACACUUGAGUUGAGCAGUGGUGUUUGGGAAGAAAAACAAAGGAGUUCUAUUAAGACGGUUGAAUUAAUAAAAGGGAAUUUACAAAGUGUUGGACUUACACUUCGUCUUGUUCAGUCAACUGAUGGAUAUGCUGGGCAUGUCAUAAUUGAAACCGUGGCCCCAAACUCACCUGCUGCAAUUGCAGAUCUUCAGCGAGGAGAUCGGCUCAUUGCUAUUGGAGGUGUGAAAAUCACAUCAACACUGCAAGUGCUAAAGCUCAUCAAGCAGGCUGGUGACCGAGUCCUGGUGUACUACCAAAGACCUGUUGGGCAGAGUAACCAAGGGGCGGUACUACCGCAAGACAGUUUGGGCCAGUUGGAAGAAAACUUUUUGUCAAGCUCCUGCCAGCCAGGUUAUGAAGAGGAAGCUGCUGGGUUGCCAGUGGAUACUGAAAAUAGAGACCUUGAUUCUGAAUUUGAAGACUUGGCAAGUGAUGUCAGAGUACAAACAGAGCUCAAAGAGGAGGCACAACCAUUAAGUCACAGUCCCAAACGCACUCCAACAACACUUUCUAUUAAACCCCUUGGCGCUAUAUCCCCAGUUUUAAAUCGUAAAUUAGUUUCAGGAAUCCAUCCACCACCACAAAAACUUCCAUCUAAAGAAGGAAAUAAACCAUCGGCUCUAAAAACUUCAGAGGCCACAGAAGCAGCACCAGUAUCCAAACCCCAAGGACCCGCUUUCAAACCCCCUGUGCCACCACGGCCACAAGUGAAAAUUCCUUUGCCUUCCACUGACACCCCAACUCAGGCAGACCUGGACACUGUUGAAAAACCAGAGAAGGUGCUGCUCCCUUCUCCUCCUGCAGAGAAACCUGCUGAAAAGCAAGUGAAGAACAUGGAUCACGGAGAAGAUGUGGCAGCAGGUAAGCAGUCUUCAGCAAAGCAAGAAGUAGUGAAAGAUCUUACUUCCGAAAGUUCUGGUCCUCCUAAGGAUACUUCAGAUGACCAUCAGAUGUGGGAAUCAUCAGAGGUUCUUUAUCGUAAUAAGGUAGGAAAGUGGUCAAGAACCAGAGCAUCCUGUUUGUUUGACAUAGAAGCCUGCCACAGGUACCUGAACAUUGCACUGUGGUGCAGGGAUCCUUUCAAGUUAGGAGGCCUCAUCUGUUUGGGGCAUGUUAGUUUAAAACUUGAAGAGGUGGCCUUAGGAUGCCUAGCUACAUCAAACAUGGAAUACCUUUCAAAGUUCAGACUGGAAGCCCCUGAUCCUAAGGCCAUGGUCACUAGAACUGCACUACGCAAUCUGAGUAUGCAAAAGGGCUUCAAUGACAAAUUUUGUUUUGGUGACAUUACUAUUCAUUUCAAAUAUUUGAAGGAAGGAGAACCAGACCACCACAUAGUUCCUAAUGUAGAGAAAGAAAAAGAACUCCAUUUGGUUGAGGAAGUUUCUACACUCCCUAAAGAGGAGCAUUUUGUGGGACAGAUGAGUUUGUCAGAAAAUAAACAUAGUUUCCAAGAUACUCAGUUCCAAAACCCAACUUGGUGUGAUUACUGUAAGAAAAAAGUCUGGACAAAAGCUGCUUCCCAGUGUAUGUUCUGUGCUUAUGUUUGUCAUAAAAAAUGUCAAGAAAAGUGUCUAGCUGAGACGCCUCUUUGUGGAGCAACUGAGAGGAGACUAGACCGGACCCUGAAAAACCUCAGGCUGGAAGGACAGGAACCACUUGUGGGCCUUCCUCCUCGUGUUGAGAUGGAAGCCAACAAGUCAGUCCAUAAAACAACAGGUUUGACAAGGCACAUUAUUAAUACUAGCUCACGUUUACUAAAUUUGCGUCAAGUCUCUAAAACUCGCCUUUCUGAACCAGGAACAGAUCUUGUGGAACCAUCACCAAAGCACACACCCAACACAUCAGACAAUGAAGGCAGUGACACAGAGGUGUGUGGUCCCAACAGUCCUUCCAAACGAGGACACAGUGCAGGAAUAAAGUUAGUGAGAAAGGAAGGUGGGCUGGAUGACAGUGUUUUCAUUGCAGUUAAAGAAAUCGGCCGUGAUCUGUAUAGAGGCUUGCCCACAGAAGAAAGGAUCCAAAAGCUAGAGUUCAUGCUGGAUAAACUGCAGAAUGAAAUUGAUCAGGAGUUGGAACACAAUAAUUCCCUUGUUAGAGAAGAAAAGGAAACAACUGAUACAAGGAAAAAAUCACUUCUUUCUGCUGCUUUGGCUAAAUCAGGUGAAAGACUACAAGCUCUGACACUUCUGAUGAUCCACUAUAGAGCAGGCAUUGAAGAUAUUGAAACCUUAGAAAGCCUGUCUUUAGACCAGCACUCGAAAAAAAUAAACAAGUACACAGAUGAUACAGAAGAAGACCUUGAUAGUGAAAUAAGCCAACUGAUAGACUCUCAGCCAUUCAGCAGCAUCUCGGAUGACUUGUUUGGCCCAUCUGAGUCUGUGUAACAAACUAUUUAAACUUUCAAGUGGUUGGGGACAAAAUGCGUCUGGAGUGCCACGGGUACAGCCAUGUUUCAGUUCUCUCAUGGUGCACUUUGGCCUGCUGCUACAGUUACUUGUAUAAGAAUGAAAAGUUGGUUUCCCAGCAGAAACAUGACAAGCUCACCUAA